CAGAAAUUGAGAUCAGAUGCGGCACAUGGAUUCUGCCAUUGCUUGUUGUCCUCAUGUCGCUCACUUGUUAUCGCACGUACUACUUUCCGCCUAAAAUUGAGCGGCAAUCAUCCACGCCGUCCUAAUUUCACCUCGACGGCUGCAUUUACUCAUACUCAUUCAGGGACACGUGCCUGAGUCGUAGAAACAUAUCGUCCGAGGUCUCCUCUACACAGAUAGACGUUUCACAAAUUGGGUUGCCUUGACUCUCGGAGGCUAAUUUCCAUAAACCCAUUUGAGUUCUGCCACUGUCCUGCCCAUGCGAUUGCCACGUUGGCCGCGAGUCGGGCAGUCAAAUUUAAUUUGCAUCUUUGAUUCUCUGCCAGGUUCUGCCAGGUUGAUCAUCUUCCCUAAUAGGGCGUAUUUGCUCCCCGCCAAAGCGAAGAUUUCCGCCUUUUGAUCUUAAAUAUGAUGUCUGAUAGCAGAAAUUUGGGUGUG